AUAAUCUCUUUAUAAUGCCAGAUCUAUUUUCAGUUCUAUAUAAAUAUUUAAGUCGUUUGACAAAUAGUUUCCCCUGCAGUGUAUGUGUUUAGUUUGCUUUACGGAGUAUCUGCUUGCGGUUCAUCCCUUUUUGAGCAACUUCAUACUUGCUCUCUGCUCGACUUGUGUGAGCCCUGGUGGAUUUUGGCCCACACCCCACUGCUUCCGUUACGCUUUCAGCAUUCAAAGCACACAGCAAAAAUGCCAACAAUCCAAAGUUGAGUUUUCUUUGGAAUUUGUUGGCGUUUUCUUUUUUCCGUUUCGCUUUUUUUUCGUUUCAUUUUCUUUUUCUUCUUUUUUUUUGACAUCUCUGCUGGGGAGGCAACAUGCGCGCGCCACAUUGACAAUUGCUUAUUUGUGUCUAUGUGUGGGUGUCUGUCCUGUGUGUGUGUGUGCCCGCUUGUACGUGGGGGUGGACUGCCACAGUUAACAUGUAACUUCAACGUCAAGUCAAACUGAUGUCGUCGUCGCCAUUUUGUUUUCAGCUGCCUUCGCUUCUUUUUUUUUCGGUUCCUCCAUGGCUGCCUUUGGGCGUUCGUCUCACGCUCGUCUUGUCUCCGGCUGUGGCCGUUUUGUAUGUUUGUUAAGUUGCGCAGCGCUACGCAUUCCGUUGGUAUUUCACCAUUAAUACUUGUCUACUUAACGGUAAAUUACAGACAUUAAAUGCACGCACACACACAGCAAGACAAAUGCGUGUGUAUGCACAUAUCUCUCAGUGUAUUGUACGCUACUCAAGCAGCCUCCACUCGCCGCCCAGUAUGCCUGAGUGUGUGUGUAUGUGUGUGUGUGUGUGUGUGCUUGUGUGUGCUUAUUUGUUGUCAGUACGCGUCAAACAUUUGAAAACAUUUAUUUUUGCCCCUCAACAAAUGCUACAUUUCUCGUAUAACACCACUGACAGUUCUUUGCUUUUGCCAUUGCCUCUUUUACGAGCAUUUCCUUUUCUUUUCCUUUCUUUCCCUUCUUUUUUUCUGACGUUCCUGCCGUAGUUUGGUUUCUAUUGCUGGUUAGCAGCGUCUUGCAUUGUUGUUGGCGGACUCUCAAGAUAAAUGAAAGCAGUGUCCCAAUAAGCGGACUUACUACAACUUUGCAUUCACUAAGUUUGAGUCAGUUCAAUGCGAAUAUUUUAGAUUUCAGUCCGGAAUUAACAUUUGAUUCUGCUUUUUUGAUUUAGUUUACAUUUUACGUUUUUUAAUCGACAUUGAGUUAGAAUUUUCAGCUGAUCAAAGUUUUUAUUUAUUCUACAUUUAAAUCCAAGUCAAAUCAAAUUCAUUCAAUCUCUUUUAGUGAAAAUUGUAAAAUUCUUGAAAACCUUAAAUGUGUGCGAGGGCGGGCACAGUUAAAUACACAGACCGGAAAAAUUGGGGCCAUUUCCUUUGUAUUUAAUUUCUAUUUCAACAAAAGUAAAACAAUACCAAAAAUCAAACACACAAAGCAAGUGAAAGGUGAUGCAGCUUUCGGGCUCUGGCUUGGGCUUUGAGCAGGGCUGGGGGCUGGGGAUAUUGUUGACGGGGCGGCGCACAACUUGCGAAAUACUUUUGUGUAACUUUGGCUGAAAACUUUAUUUUGUGUAUUAUAUAUCCUGUUAACAAUAUACU